AUGAUUGUUUUUCAGGAUGCGGCAGAGAAAGAACGGGAACAGAAUCAGAUGGAGUUCGAGAAAACCAUCGGUAAUAUUGUUCAAUACGGAACGACGAUACAGGCAAGGAUGGGGUUUCUUACGGUAAAUAAGAAGGAACCUGCCCGAGUGGACCGAAACGCGAUGAAAGUGACUUUACAUCAAUCGGGGAACGACGGUUCAUGGUUCAUCAUUGAGCCUUUUUAUAAACUACGCUCGAUGGGAGACAACGUGAUUGCCGGCGACCGCAUUUGUUUGGUGCCGUAUUACAUCAACCAAACGUUGGGCAGCGUCAAGCAUCAAAUUCACGUGAGCUGUUUGUCCCUGAGCGAAGACGCUGAGAGCAAGGAAGUCAACUGUUUAAACGAGCAGUCCUGCUGGCAAGUUUUACUGUUCUUGGAGUACAGCGAAAAUCGAUCCGACGUUCUUAAAGGCGUAAGUGUGGCGUUUUGUUUAACUAUCUAUAUAAUUAUUUGUCUUUAUUUUUUUAAUUUAUAUGGUCCUGUUACUUUUCAUUAGAA